CGGCAGUACAGUAAACUAUGACUAAAUUUGAAGAAAGUUAAUGAUUAUGAUAUUAUUGGAGAACACUUUUUAUGAUAACUGGUAAAUUAAAUUAAAAUAAAUUAUGUAUGUUUUUUUUAAAGCUUUACUAGGUUUUACGUAAUUUACAAAUUUUUCCUUGUGUAACAUUAUAUAGGUUCCCUUCCCUUUGGCCUUUGUUGGGUUCUUGUUCCAAUAAAUUAUUCCAUGAAAUUAUUUCAGUUUAUUAAUACUUUAUGUAAUUUGUAUAAUUUAUUGUGUUAAUGUUAUAUCCUACAUUAUAACUUGAGAAAUAAGAAGAAAAACUACUCUUCUUAUGCUUAUUUUAUAUGUUCAGUUGUUGGACUUGGCAUUGCUGCAGCGUUGAUGUUAAGCAGAAGACGCGGUCGACAGUCCAUUGUUUGCGUGUAAUACUUUGUUGAUAGACUGAAAGUUAAUGUGCCACUGUUUCACAUGUGAACCGACGUAUAUUUUGUUAAUUUCCAUGAAGCGUUGGGUUUUCAUGCAUCGUGUCUAUGCAAUCUCAAAUAGCAAGCAAUCACACGAUGAACAGUAAUAAUUUGAAUUUCAACGUGCUGUCCAAUGGCCAACCAGCAAUUCAAACAGUAGGGUAUGGGUUACCUCAAGGGGGGUUACAGCAAAAUGUUCAAUAUGUUUAUGGUCCAGGAUUUCAGCAGUUUCAAAAUAGUGUUCAGGGGAUCCAUCAGGGGAUGGACUUUUGCCUCCCCAAUCAACAGUUUGUUACCCCUCCAGGACAAGCCUAUACUUGCAUUAAUCAAAAUGGGAUGACAUAUUUGGCGAUAACACCAAACAUCCAGCAACCAUCACCUCAGUGUUAUCAAGCGAUUGAAACACCUCAGGGAUUGCAAUUGUUUCAAGUGAUUAACAAUCCAAUGAAUUUUGGUCCCUUAUGUGUUCAAAAUAUUCCACAAGCUCAAGGUUUUCUUCCCCAAUUCGCACCUUACCAACAAGAAGCUGUAGAUUUACGGCCAAAUUCUCCUGCAACUCAAAAUGGAAAUUUGCCCCCACCAGCAGGACAAGAGUAUUGCCAAGAUAAUUGUGCCCAAGAAAUGGAAACUACUGUGGAAGAAAACCUCAAUCAAGAAGGUGAAUUUGAAGAAACUGAUGAUGAUGAAGAGACCUAUGAAGAGCCAAACGAAGAGCCAAAUAAUGUUGAAGGAUGCCAGGAAUCUGAAAUGAAUCAAAAUCUGCAAGCUAGUGAAGAUCCUCUUUCUGCGUUGCAAAAAUUGACUAACCUAACAUCAUCCAUUUCCACCUCAGCAGUCAAUGUGUCUAACUCGAAUAUGUUUGAUGUGUACAAGAAUAUGCUGCAAAACUCAUUUUCCCCUCACAUUCCUGUGCCCCCUCUUGGUACUCAACUGGGGGCACAGCAAGUAUUGGGUCUUCCUGAUCAGCAAUUUCCUCCCAACACGCGAGCAUUUCAGGUGUUGGUUCCUACACCUCAAGGAAUGGCUAUUCAGACAGUUGUAGCCAGUUAUCCAGAAAGUUUCUCGCCAAUAAUUACAAGUGACCCACUGUCAGGUCCCAGAAAUAAUACUUUCAUGAAUUUGGAUACUGGGUUGAAUCCGAACCUGUUGACUCAGCCUCUGCCACUGCCGGAAUCUCCAAUAAAUUAUUCGCUCCUUAAGGCAAACGAAAGCAAUAAGGGAAAUACAGCAACACUCCCUGUGAAUGGACUAAUUAACGAUGGAAUUAUUACUUCGGCUGCCACGACAAUACAAGUGAAAUCUAGUCCAUGUCACUCUACCACAGUGAACAAUCACCCGACGUGUUCAGGAUCGGGGCCUUCAGCUGCCUCACCUCUGCCGAAAGCCACUCCGUCAAUUCAGCAACCCAUGCCUUCUCCUCACUGUUUACCGGACUCUACCGAAGAUCUCUGCCAACCGACCAUCAAACAGUCGACGUCAAACAUAGUAGACGGUAUAGACUUGGAAGAUAUCCGGGAGUUUGCUCGCACAUUCAAGGUUCGCCGGCUAGUCUUAGGUUUGACGCAAACGCAAGUUGGACAAGCUCUCUGCGCUACAGAAGGUCCAGCAUACAGUCAAUCUGCAAUUUGCAGGUUUGAGAAAUUGGAUAUUACUCCACGCAGUGCCUUAAAGAUUCGACCAGUGCUUGAAAAUUGGCUGCGUGAGGCAGAAGAGAAGCAUCAACAAGGCAAUCUACAGCAAAUCGCUGGGAUGGAUUUCAUCAAUAUUUCGGCUAUUGGCAAAAUCCGCAAGCGGCGAACUUUCUUUAGUCCGGAAGCACUUGUCGUACUCAAUAGUCGCUUCGAGCAAAGCUCACAUCCAUCAGGUCGUGAAAUCAACAGCAUCGCACAAGAAAUUGGUUAUGAACGUGAUGUUGUGCGCGUUUGGUUCUGUAACAAGCGUCAAUCGCUGAAACACUGUCAAUCAUUUCAACGAAGUCGUAUUAAUCUCAAGUCAUCCGAUUCAACUGAGGAAGAUCGCAACUCGGCUUCACCGACUCAACCAUGAGGAUGAACAAUCUCUCUCUCUCUCUCUCCCCAAAUUUUGCAUUUCAAAAGUUCCUUGUUAUUAUUUAAGUUUUUCCUUUCUUUUUUUCUCCCGCACCAGUGCAGAUAUUAAGGUGUUGUAUCCAGAAGAUAUGUUUCGUUGUUUGUUAUCCUGCAGAGAGAGAGAAAACCCGGUCGGAUUUUCCACGGGUUUCAUCCCUGCAACAUUCAUUUCGCACAAAAAACAGAGCAGCCAAAUAACUCUCAGUGAAUCCUUCCACUUGUGUUCAUUAGAUAAGACCUAUUUUUUAAAUAACAUAUUUCACUUGUCGUUUGCUGAUAACCUCCUCUACUUUUAUUAGGUCAUUGUGCAUCCAAUACAGAAUGCUGAAAAUCCAAAGAAAUGAAAAAAAAUAAGACUUAACUAGGAAUCAAUGUCGUCGUCGGAAUUUCCUUUGGGUGUAGAUUGAUGGAGAAAUCGCAUGAGACUUGCCGAUGGAACAUCUGGGUUUUCUUGGAAAAAGAAACGUGACGUCAGCGUCGUCGGCGACUCACGUGCGUUAGGCGGAUGACUAGGAUCUCCCGGCGCGUUUGUCUUUAGUUCAUUUUGGCACUUCUUUCUUUGUGGCAAUAUUAACAUUUUUGAGUUUCCGGAACCAGCACGUGUUGUGAAGGAACUUGCAGGUUUACUAAAGGAACCCGAUUGUUUAAGAUCUGGACAA